AUGCAUGUGGUCGUCAGCGCCGGGGACCCACAUCGCCCUUUCACCGAACUUGGCUAUAAGAAGUGGUUUCAGUUGACGUUGAGAGAUCGGGACUUCAGGGAGCGACUUACGUUUUUUUUUGGAAGGGGCAAGGUCAAUGCCACGGUAAUGGAACUCUUGACCGGUGAUAGCUUUUCCUUGGGCGACGGUGGACGGUCGGUGAGAAGAGGGGGACAAGGGAGAACCGCCGGCGGCUUGACCCGGGUGCGCCGCUGCUUUGACAGCCGCGGCGGGCGGACUGGUGCACGGCCACAUUGA